GACACACUUUGAUUGUGAUUGAAUUCUGCAUAAGACAACACAUCAACUGUAUUCAGCUAUUGCUUUCAUAAGCUACCUAGCAUAAAUAAUCAUACUACUUAGCAGUUCACCUAGUCAAGGUUGUUUUUGAGUUGUCUGAUUCCAUAAAGAUGGUCAAGGAAAGCAAACAGUCUGGAGGAUUGGAAUGGAGGGUUAACGUCCCGAAUGAAAAUACUUCUAAAGUUUUAGUGCCAGAGUCGAAGCCUCAAAUCCGAGUUUUCAAUGGAUUACGAGGUUUAAUUGUGGUGUUCGUGUCAAGAAUUUCUAAGUUUCUUGGAAAGGCUUGGAGUUUAGCCGUUAGAGAGCCUAAGAAAGCUAUUCAUGGCCUUAAAGUAGGGAUGGCUCUUUCUAUCGUCUCUCUCUUCUAUUACAUGAGGCCUUUGUAUAAUGGAGUCGGAGGGAAUGCCAUGUGGGCUGUUAUGACUGUAGUUGUCGUAUUUGAAUACACUGUGGGGGCUACACUCUGUAAAUGUGUGAAUAGAGCUACUGGAACUUUAUUGGCUGGAGCAUUAGGACUCGGCAUUCAUUGGAUUGCAAAUCAGUCGGGAGAAAAAUUCGAACCCAUAAUUCUACAAGUAUCGGUUUUCCUCUUAGCUGCUGCCGCAACCUUUUCUCGAUUCAUCCCAACUAUAAAAGCACGAUUCGACUAUGGAGCUCUGAUCUUUAUCCUCACCUUUAGCUUUGUGUCAGUAUCGGGCUAUCGUGUGGAUAAAUUGUUCGAACUGGCUCAUCAUAGAUUAUCUACAAUUGCCAUAGGAACCUCCCUUUGCAUCAUUAUAACCAUGAUUUUCUGUCCUGUAUGGGCAGGAAAUGAACUUCACUGUCUUAUCACAAACAACAUGGAAAAAAUUGCUGCUUCUUUAAAUGGAUGUGUCGUAGAAUACUUCGGCAUCAGUGAAAAUGUAAAUGCCAAUGGUGAAGAUUCAGACAAAGUAUUACAAGGUUACAAAUGUGUGCUUAAUUCAAAGACUGCUGAAGAAGCUAUGGCUAAUUUUGCUGGGUGGGAGCCUGCACAUGGGAACUUCAAUUUUCGCCAUCCAUGGAACGAGUACCUAAAAGUUGGGGCUUUGCUGCGUAAAUGUGCUUACUGCAUUGAGACUCUUAAUGUUAGCACAAACUCAGAUACAGAGGCGCCCAAUACCCUAAAGAAACUUUUCAGCAAGUAUUGCAUAAGAUUAAGCUCUAGUUCCUCGGAUGUGUUAAAAGAAUUGGCAGUUAUUAUGAAUACUAUGACAAAAUCGAUAAAGAUUGAUCUCAUGGUACAUGAGAUGAACAAUGCAGUACAAGAACUUCAAGGCGCCCUGAAAUCCCUGUCCGAACAACCUAUUAUUGGAGACUCCAAACAUAGCACAGAAGAGGGAGACGAAAGUUCUACCAUAGUACCUCUCAUGGAGAUUGUUCCAAUAGUUUCCAUGUCCACAUUGCUGAUAGAAGUUGCUUCAAGAAUUGAAAAGAGUGUGGAAGCCGUAAAUGAACUUGCCAACAAAGCCGAAUUUGAAGAAGACAGUACAAAGAAGUCGAAACAAAGCCAAAACCAACAGAAUCCAAAGCAGCCUAGUCAAGGAAACCAGGAAGAUACGACAAUGAAGACCCUUCAGAAGGUCUGAGUUAUCAUUAUUAGUGGUUCGUGGUUGUUUUUUAGCUUUGCAACUUCAGAUACUGUACAGUAAAAAGGACAAACUAUUCUGAAGAAACUUUCAGAAAGUUGGGCUAAUUAUAUAUCGAUUGUACUAAUUAGCAUCAAGAAAACGAUGGGGAGGGGGAUUCUCUUGUUCGGUAGAAA